CAAAAUUCAAACACUGAUUCAAUCGUUAAAGUGUAAAUUAUUCCUUCUCAACCCGGAAAUAAAUCAAUGAUUCACGUUCCCACUUAGUUUUAUCUGAAAAGUAAAUAUUUGUACUGCAAGAUUUUUUUUCAUAUGCCAAUUAUCGAUGUUGAAUAUUUUCAAUGGACUUAAAAUGCAGAAUUUUACGUAUUACAAUUAUGUACAUCGAGUCAGGACAAUGUACAACUUAUCGAUGUAGACAUGCUUAACAUUUGAAAUGUUAAGAGAUCAUAUGUUGAAUUGACGUCUGUCGACCUAUAAGCCAUACAUUAAUGUUUCCUUGUUCGUGAUACAAAGCUUAAGAUUACUAAACUUUUGCAUUUCAUACUUUACUCAAAGUUCGACUGUCGAGUCUGGUUAUUUUUUGGAGGCUGGUGAAAGUAUUUCAUGGACCAUCCUCACAGAUUGUCGUUCCUGGAGGGGAGAAUAUCAGAAACUAGGAAGAUUUCCUUUGACAUUUACCUUCACUUAUUUUUUUCCGCAUGAAAACGUUGUCCACAAACUUUCUCGAAGUUAUGCUCAAUCUUCAAUUUUAUGAUCAAAAUAUUUUUUAAAUACUCUGCUUAAUAAUUCGAAGUCGACAUGCGUUUUAAAGUUUGCUCAGCUUACCUCGUAAUAUUUUACAUUUCAAUACCUCAUCAUGAUUGCUUGCAAUUUUAUGAAAAAAAGGGCACUCACGUUUCAAAACCACUGACAGACGAUGAAGUAGGACAUUUAGCACAGUUAACUGAUGAAAAGUACUUUCGAGAAGUUUUAGAUACCAUUCUGGUCCCAAGGGUGGUUGGAACACCCAACCAUUUGGCAGUACAAAAGUUUAUACAAAAUGAGAUGAAGUCUCUUGGUUGGGAAAUAGAACUGGACACUUUCAAAGAGCGCACUCCUAACUUAGGACUUUUGGAAUUCACCAAUAUCAUUGCACACAAAAAUGCUAAUACAACAAGACGUCUAGUUCUUGCCUGUCACUAUGAUUCAAAAUAUUUUAGAGAUAUUGUAUUUUACGGCGCCACAGAUUCUGCAGUACCUUGUGCUAUGUUAAUUCAUUUGGCAAAAGUACUAAAUCCAUACAUCAACAGUAAUGAAAUUGGAUUAUCCUUAGUAUUUUUUGAUGGUGAAGAAGCAUUUUUAAAUUGGUCUCCAACUGAUAGUAUAUAUGGAGCGAGAUCACUUGCUGCCAAAUGGGAAGCAACCCCCUUUCCUCAUAAUUCUCAUACCAACCACCUUCAUAGAAUUGAUCUCAUGGUUCUUCUUGAUCUGAUUGGAACUAAAAAUCAAAAAUUUGCCAGCUACUUUAGGAACACGGAUAUUUGGCACUCACUGCUAGCUCAAAUUGAGAAAAAAAUUAAAGCACUCAACAUAUCGCCAACUUACACUCACAAUAUUCUUGAACGAUCGACUAUCCGUGCAAUAGAGGAUGACCAUCUCCCAUUUCUCAAGAGAAAUGUUCCCAUAUUGCAUCUAAUACCCAUAGAAUUCCCUCGAGAGUGGCAUACGGCUAGAGAUGACUAUUCAUGCUUACAUUUCCCUAGUAUAGAAAACAUGAACAAAAUUAUGCAAGUUUUUGUAUAUUCAUACAUCCAUGGGUGUCAAAACAAAUGUUGAACAUAUUUAGUUUUCUAGACUAUGUGCAAUUAACUGUGCUGUAAAUGUAAUUAUGAUCAAUUUUAAAAAAAUUCUUUGCUCAAUGUUCA